UCUCUUUUGGCAGCUAUGCGACGCAUUCAGUGUCUACUUGUGACUGACAUCAAUGUGCCACAAAUUGUUGAUUUUCGUGAUAACGUGACAUUAUCCUGCAGCUAUGACAUAAGUGGUCACACGUUAAAUUCGGUUAAGUGGUACAAAAACGACGGCGAGUUUUUUAGAUAUGCGCCGCUAAUGCAGACCGUUUUUCGCAAGUUCCCGGUGGCGGGCGUGCAAUUGAUCGAUAACAGCUACGAAUGCAAUGAAUCGUCGUGUCGUGUGGACUUGAAUUUAUUGGGCAUCAAAUCGACGGGCGUCUACAGGUGCGAAGUGUCCGGCGAUGCGCCGCACUUCAAGCUAUCCGAGCGCACGGCCAACAUGAGCGUUGAGGCUCUGCCUCAGAACAAUCCGCUCAUCAGCGGCUUCCACUCGAUGUAUCGUGAAGAUGAUUUCGUCCAGGUCAAUUGUAGCACAGAUUAUUCCAGUCUGGUGACCACGAUUAGCUGGUAUAUAAAUGGCAUCAAGGCCAGCAAAUUGGAUUUGCUGCCCAGUGAAGAGACAACGAUUACGGCACACGAUUACAAGCUGCGGCGCAUCGUCUCGCAGCUGAACUUUUAUGCCAGCGAGCCGCGUUUCCAGCAGCCGCAACUGCAGCGCCUGCAACAACAGCAACAGCGACAACAACAACAGCAACAUCAACAGAUGAGGCAGCAGAAGCCGCUGCAGCGACGCCUCGAGCUGCGCUGUGUGGCCGAGAUCGGCAGCUAUCCGCAGCUGACGCGGGAGUCCACUCUGCAGGCGCUGGUCAUGCGGGACGACAUCGAUCGCAAGAAUCAGGAGCUGUACACGUCAGGUGCGCCGCGGGUCGCUCUGCUCGGCGUUCAGCUGCUGCUGGCCGCGACGACCGCAGCGGCGGCAGCCAUCGGCAGCCGGUUGCUCUGCGAGCCGCUGACAUUUCAAUAUGGCGCCCGGAAGUUGACGCGCUGCAAAAUGGCGACACGRACAACUGCAGCUGCUACAACAACAACAACAAUAACAACAACAGCAACAGCUGCAACUCCAAUUUUUAGUUUUCACAUUUAACUCGAUCGGUUUAUUCACAAUUUUUCGUUUGUAAACUGUUUUCUAGCUUUAAGCAACUGAAAUGCACGUGAGAAUUUACAACUAAAACU